AUGCGUGAUAAGAGCCAGGAGCCCUGCUGUCUGCCCCUGAAGGAGGAGUUCCAGCGCUCCAAGUUCUCGCUGCACUACGAUGAUCCUGGAGCCUUCUGUCGAUCGCAAUGGCAGAAGGGGGAUCGGAACAUCAUAUGGCUGCUCUACCGAUGGAUCCUGGCUGCUUUCUUUGGUGGCGGUGUUAUCGGCUGCAUGGUGGACACCUUUAACAAUGGUCGAUGGUUUAUUUAUCUCACGGAUUGGGGAUUUUCCUUAUGCUUUUAUAGCUGCCUUUAUGGAGCGAUAAUAGCCACCAUUUAUUUCAUAAAGCCCUCGUAUUUUGCUCCCGGAAGUUGGGCCUUGAAGAUCUACUGGAUUUCCCACUUCACAACUGUAGUUCUAGGCAUGAUGAUCAGCCUGGUCUUCUGGACUGCUCUUUUUCCAUCUAUGCCAGGAAUGGGGGCCGAUUUGUACAACCUGUGGGCGCAUGCUUUUAAUUCGAUUUGUAUGAUUUUCGACGUCUUUAUGGUCGCCUUUCCCACCAGAAUUAUGCACUUUGUUUAUCCCUUCACCGUUGGCAUUACCUAUGGCAUAUUUUCAUUAAUUUACUUCUGGGCUGGCGGAGCAGAUCCAAUGGGAAAUCGCUUUAUCUACUUCAUCUUGGACUGGGAGCAACCUGGUCUGGCCAUUGGAACGGUUUGUGGAUGUAUUGUCAUAGUGAGCUGCUUUUGCGUCGUGGUCUUCGGAUUCUACAGGUUACGCAUCUCGAUAUACGAAAGCUGUAGUAAAAAACCUGAGGAAAUUCCAGCCACUGCCAUUCCUCCCAAAGAACCAGCUCCAGUUGUUUGAUUGAAAAUCUGCCAUUCCCUUGUGCGACUUCGAAGAUUUUGGCGGCGGGUUUUUAGGCAUGAUUCGGUUUUUUUCGUGCAUCAUGAAACCAAAGACCCCAGGAAAAGCUUUAAUUUUCAGCAAUAAAUGCUAUUUUUGCUGUAUAUAAAGGAAAUAUUCAAUGUGAACUUCCCCAAACGUAUAAAAUGUUGUUUAUAUAUGCAUAUAUGAAAUUCUUUAUCUGCAAUUCAUAUUGAAGUUUUAGAAAUGAUUUCAGACAUUUUACUAAGCAAAGAUUGAUAAAAUAUAGUUUUGUUUAAAAAACAACGUAUUAAGAUUAAGAUCAAGAUUUAAUAAACAGAGUAGAAUAACAUUACAUCUCCAUGUUAAAAAAAAAUUACAUUUGAAUUACUAUUUCCUUUUUUAAACGUUUAACGAAACCUACGAACAGUAAAAUCAAGCAAUAACACCUCGUAAGGAAGUAAAAUAUAGUGACGAUCGCACCUUCAACAUACAAAAGUUCUGAUAUCAACUUUAUUGACAAAAAUGUAU